AUUCACUGCGGUCCUGCUUCUUCUUCCAACAUGUAUACAUAGGCAUACAUAUAUAUCGUACAUAUAGUCACACUCACAUACUAAAGUAGGCUUACGCAUACAUCUAACUUCAAAGUCACAACAGAAAGAAAACUGCACACACUCACACGUAUACAUAGAGUGACUUACGUACAUAUCACAGACACUUACGCAUUUCGCAAAAAGGAAAAACACAAAGCAUUUUAACAUUGGUCUUGCUUGUAUUCAUACUCAAGGUGUCGCAGCUAUCCCUUUCAAAUUGUUAUUCUUCUCUCUUACUCAUGCCGGUUGUUAAGUGAGUGAUUUAUGCAGUGUACAUAUUCGUAUUUAAACCUAUAAUCUCUUAAAACUUAAAAACUACCCUCGAUUUCUUUUCCCUCCCGGCCACGAUCAGCAACGGAAUAUUUAACUUUAAGAAAAGGGGAAACAAAUGCCAAGAACCCAGCAACCAAACCAUCAUCAAUUAUCACUGCCCCUAAAGAAAAACAGAGAUCAACAUAGCAAAUAUCUUCUUUUUAUUUUUGUCCUAAUCAUCCUUUAAAACCCGAAUCAUCAUCACAUAAUCAUCUCCGUGUCUCUUAUCCGUCACUCUCCUGUCUUCUCUAUAUCUCUGUUUGUAUUUGUGUGUGUGUGUGUGUGGUGGGCCACAUAGACAACAUGUCGCUGACUUUCGUACAAUCACAGCCGAAAGGAAAGGCUCAGCCACCUCCACCGCCAAAUUCAAACACAAUACAAAAGAUGCUUGAUGAAAACAUACAGUUGAUACAGGCUAUUCUUGAUUACCAAAACAAGGGUCGAGCUUCAGAAUGUGCACAAUACCAAGUGAUGCUGCACCGGAACCUUGUCUAUUUGGCAACUGUUGCUGAUUCCAAUGUAAAUGUUCAGGCAGUACUACCUGCUCCUGGUCAGGUAAAUCCCAACCAAGGUAUGCCUGGAGGGCAAAACCCUGGUGGACCUCCUCCUAAUAACUCAGCUCCCAUGAAUCAGAUGCCAAGGCCAGGAAAUAUGCCUCCAAACCAAAUGAAUGCCCCGCCACCAGGUAGUACUGGUAUGCCAAUGACAUCUGCUGGUGGCCAACCUGGUUACAAUGGACCUCAGCAGUCUAUGUCAGGCUAUUCUCGGCCACAAAUGAAUCAACAACAGCAAGCUAUGAUGACACAAGGAAAAUCACGUGCAGGUCCUCCAAUGAAUACUCCAAAUGCUAUGAACAAUCAACCUGGCUACGGUCCACCUAUGUCUCAACAGCAACAAGGGCCUCCUCCCCAAAGUCCACAGGGUUAUCCAGGUCCUCAACAACCUAUGAUGUCACAAUCUUCUUCAGCUCCUCCAGGAAUGUCUCAGGGUCAGGCUAUGCCACCACAGCAGUCAAUGAUGCAACAGAGUCAAGCUGGCAACAAUCCUAUGAUGAGUGGGCCUUCUCCAGGACCGCCACCUUCAAAUCAACCAAUGGGAUCACGAGCAAUGCCACCACCCAAUGCCUAUAGGAGAUCACCAUCUCAGGGUAGGCUCAAUAUGCAAGGCCAGCAGUAUGGUCAGCAGCAAGCUUAUGCCCAGCAGCAGUAUAAUUCACAGCCACCAUACACUCAGGGUCAAGGACAGCAGUCUUACACUCAACAACCAGGUUACAGUCAAGCUCCAGGACCUGGUGGAGGUCCAGCACCUGGACCCAACAUGUCUCCACAGUCACAGUACACAAACUAUCCUGGCGGUGGUCAAUCUCAAACACGCUAUAACCCCUAUAAUAGACCUCCUCAGGGUCCACCAGGUAUGCCACCUUCUGGACCUCUUCCACCUGGUUCCAUGCAAGGUCCACCUGGUUCUAUGCAGGGUCCACCCGGAGGCAUGCAGGGUCCACCCGGUGGCAUGCAAGGUCCACCUGGUGGUAUGCAAGGUCCACCUGGUGGCAUGCAAGGUCCACCUGGUGGCAUGCAAGGUCCACCUGGAGGUAUGCAAGGUCCACCUGGAGGUAUGCAGGGUCCACCUGGAGGUAUGCAAGGUCCACCUGGAGGUAUGCAAGGUCCUCCUGGAGGUAUGCAAGGUCCUCCUGGAGGCAUGCAAGGUCCUCCUGGAGGCAUGCAGGGCCCACCUGGCUCUAUGCAGGGCCCACCAAGUUCCAUGCAAGGCCCACCAGGAUCUAUGCAAGGUCCACCAGGAUCCAUGCAAGGCCCACCUGGUUCUAUGCAAGGUCCCCCAGGGUCCAUGCAAGGCCCACCUGGUCCCAUGCAAGGUCCACCAGGAUCCAUGCAAGGCCCACCAGGAUCUAUGUCUGGUCCUCCUGGUUCAAUGUCUGGCCCACCAGGUUCUAUGUCUGGGCCACCAGGCCCCAUGUCUGGACCACCAGGUCCUAUGUCUGGUCCACCAGGACCCAUGUCUGGUCCAGCAGGUCCAAUGUCUGGUCCACCUGUUUCCAUGUCUGGUCCACCAGUUUCUAUGUCUGGUCCUCCUGUUUCCAUGUCUGGUCCUCCUGGUUCUAUGUCUGUUACUCCAGUUUCUAUGUCUGGUCCGAUGGGGCCUAGUGGUGGUGGACAAAUGAAUCCCAACAGCAAUCAAAUGGGUGGACAAAACCAAAUGCCAGUGUCAGGAAGUAAUUCAAUGCAACAGUCAAAUAGUAUGAGCAACAGUGUUAGCGGGGCAGGUGGUGGAGGUGGUGGUGGUGGUGGUGGCAGCGGUGGUGUUGGCAGCAACAGUAAUAGCAGUGGUGGUGGAAGUAGCAACAGUGGUCAGUCACACAUGCCUAAUAGCCAGAUGUCUAGUCAAGGUCAGACAGGUUACUCUUACAACCAAAACCAGUAUUAAUAUAGCAACCUCAUUGUGUUUGAUACAAUGCCCUACUCUCCCUCCACUUGACCUUGUUCACCACAUUUAAUUUUUUUUUACCUUCCCUUCCAUGGCUCUCAUAAAGGACAAUUAAAGGCAAUGGCCAGGACAGUGGUAGUAUCACUUGGCUAAAAGCUGUCUUGGCUCUGGGGUCAAAUCCCACCAAAGUUGGCUUUGCCUUUCAUCCCUAGUGGGGUGGGAUGGGGUGUAAAAUAUGAACUACAUGUAAUUUUACUGGUGUCAGUUAAAUCUCAGCUCAACCCUAUACUUUUCCUACAAAGUACUGGAGAUGUAUCUUGAGAAAAAUUAUUAUUAUUAUUAAAGACGGUAAAGCACUGGAAGAGAUGCUUUAAAUGUUGGAUUUGGUAUCUCUCUUUUCAAAGUUCAAAUCCUGUAAGUGUUGAUGAAAUAAUUACUUACAAUAUUAGGAAUGAAUAAAAUUUGGGCUAAUGCCUAUUCAAAGAAUUACUAUUAUCAUUAUUAUGUAAUGUCAUGAGUGCCAUAGCUGCAGAAUUUGGUUCUCAAAGAACUACAUGUGCAUCCUGGUUUCAUUUCCAUCAUAAAGGAUCAAGGAAAAGGCAUUUCUCUUUCCACAUUCAUUUUCCUCUCUUUCAAUAAAUUCAAGGCUUUCAGAAAUCAUUAUUGUUAUAUCACUGCUGUUACUGAAAAUAGUAAUGUGCAGUUGCUUGAGAGAGCUGGAUAGGCUGCUUUUGGUAUCACUUCAAUGCCUUGUUCUAAGCUCAAAUCUAACUAGGAUCAGCUUUGCCUUUCAUCUCAUCAGGACCAAAUGACACAUUGUGGGUUAUUCAGUCAACUAUACCCUUCCUUCCUACAAAUUUGGCCUUGUGCCAAGAGAAAAUAAACCAUUAUUAUUUGUAGUAUUACUACGACUGUAUGAAUUAAACAUUUAAAAACUUUUACCUAGAAAGGUGGGGAAAGUGGAAAGCUGUUGAACUUGUAUGGUGGUAUGAGGAGGAGGGGCUGAACUAACACCCUAGUUGGGAUCUGGACUGAAGCACUAUGCUCAGAUGGCUUGCUAAUUGUGCUACAUUCUCAGAUUUGACCCAUUCAGGUAUUUUUAUAUAUUUCUCUUUCUAUGAUCAUUUGUGAUGAUGUUGCUAGGAAAUACAAAACAAAACAAAGUGACUCUGAAAUCUAAUGCAAAGGUUUUGAAGUACUUGUGAUCACCAGCAUUAUGGGUAUGUGUGUAUAUACGCAUUUCAGUUGUGCGUAACACUGUCAGUGCAAACUGUACAGGUUUUCUCCCCAUUCCCUUUUUUUUGUGUAAUUCCAUUUUACCCUAACCAAGUCACGUCCACAUGCAAAACAUAAACACAAAAGAAACAUUACAAAAAACUUCUCAUAAUCACCAAUUAACAUCACAGUUGCCUUGUAUAAUUAUCUUUAAUAUCAGCUCAAAACUUUUUUAUGGUCAUACAUAAAGUGCUUUUUCUUUUCCUUCCUUUAUUUGGAAUUGUUAUGUUUAUUUGCAUUUAAAAGGGGAGUGAGUUAAGUGUGAAAGUAUUUAUAGUAUUUAAAAGCUUUUUUUUUUCUAAUUUUUAUUUAUUUUUCUUUUUUAAUAUUUGAAACUUUUAAGCUUAUUUGCAUUUAAGCAUGGGUGGGUAAAGAAUGUAUGUGAGUAUUUAUAUAUUUGAAAGAUCUUUUUCCCCUGAUUAUUGAAACAGAAGAAUAUGGGUUGAGAUUUUUAAAUGUAUUUUUAAAUUUAAAUUUUUUUAAUGCUUUUCCUUUCUCCAAAGAGUUACCAUGUAUGUUUGCAUAUAAAUGUGUGUGUGUGACUAUUUUAUUCAUUUUUUUUUUAAUAUCAGUUAUCCAUUUAGAAAAAUUUUUAUAUUUUCUUCUGACAGUGCAAUGAUUGAAUAAAAGAUUUUUCCUCUUCAUUCCUAAUACAUAUUUUUAGUCAGUUUGGCUGCUUCUAUCCUAAACAGCAUUGUUUGAUAAGAAAGACUUUUUGAAAGGAGCAGAAAUGAGAGAAAUCUUAUAUUCUUCCAUUAUUUACUAUUAGUAGUUAUUAUUUCUGUAGUCUUUAGAGGUUGUAACACCUUAGUGGAUCUGGUGUGCCUCUCACCUCAUGAAUAAUGAGUUCGGAUUUCAUCAUAAGCUUUGUACUGUCCUUAGGAAAAGUGCUUCGUGCUUGUUUGUCUUGGUCUGGCAAAAAAGGAUGGGUGUCACCAGGUUGCAAAAAAGCUCUAGACAAAAACAGCUCUGGCCAGCUGUUGCAAUAAUCCUAACUUGUUUAGGAAUGGUAUUUUGUCUUUUUUAUUUUUGUUUGUUGUUAUUGAUAGCUCACGAGUUGUACAGUCUGUUUGGAACCAGAGAUUUCUCAUUCUUACCAAAUGGAGACACAGUGCCUACCAGAUAAAUAGCAAACAAGCAUGGAGGUGACUUUUUUUUUUAUGGGCAGGCAUACUAACUCUAACAGUCCACUAUAAAAACAAUUUUUUUUUCUAUCUUUAUGGCUUGGGUGGGAGAAUGAAUGAAUUUAUGAUACAUGGGUUCGAUAUCUUCAACAUCACAACCACUAUCAUUGUCAUUUUCAUUAUCAUCAUCAUAAUCAUCGUCAUCAUCAUUCUCAUCAUCCUCAUUGGUAAUUAGCCUUCAACAUGUGCUGGACUUAAAUUGUAGGUGGGCUUCUCUAUGAACCUAAAACUAUAUCUUUUGCCAGAGUUGGUCAACAUCAGUUUUAAUAAAAAAAAAAUUUGAAAAUUGAAAUCUAAUAAACUCAGCUUUAAUUGAAUCUAAGGACUCCAUUUCAUUUCAAAUUCAAUGUGGAGUCGCUAUUGACUUUGCAAAUUUAUAUUUUUAUUUUAUUAUUAAUAUCUCCCAUUUUCCAUUAAUACAUUAUCAUUUCCCAACUAAUUUUUAACCCCCAGGAACCAAUUAUAUAUUUUUUUCUUCUCUACUCCACCUCCAUACUGCCUCGACUCUUGUAAAAACAAACAAAAAAUAUUUCCACAAUAAUAAAGUUAAUUAAAAAAAAAACUGUGCUUCCUGAUACAAAA